GUGGUAGUACACUAGAAACUAAUCCGAUUAUGGGAAAGUUUAGCGUGUGCCUGUUUCUCUAUUCUACAUUGGCUUGGUGUGUGUGGUACUUUUAAUUUCUGUACUGCCUGUCUGUUUUCUGCCCGAAAUGAGGACCGGAAUUUCUCGAUGAUGACAUUACAAAUCGGCAGAACUCUCUCGGUUUGAUUUGCUUAGGCAAUAAGGACUUUUGACUGUUGAAUUAAAAUGAAAAAAAAAUGAAAACAAUAGUCUUCUAAUUUCGAAUGCGGACUACAAACCCGUGUUGCCUAGGUUGGUAUUCCAGAGAGAGAGCAGAAAUAUGGUUUGAUGUUUAUUUCUCACGGAAUGCGGGAUGAUGGAGUUUACAUAUUAACCGGGAAAUAUUCCCCAAGGGAGUCGGAGCGGCAGUUGGCCUGUUGGAUUACGUCAAAACUGUUUGCGAAACCUUCACUGUCAUUCCAUUUCCAGGCUCUUUACAAAGUUAAACUCAUAAUCCGCGUUGAUGUUGGCAAAAACAUCCAAGUGCGCCAGCCCACAGCCACCGUUCUUCCCCCCAAGGAGGACAACCACCCAGGGGGUUAGAUGGUUCUGAUCACAGACGAGAGAGACGGAGGUGGCUCCUCUACUACGACCCUUGUCAACCAGCAGCAGCAGAGCACCAAAGGCACCAGCGCUUUCGUCCAGGUCCACCCCACCAUAACCGCCGAACCGCCGUCCUUAUCAAACGACGACUCAUACCUCGGGUCCUGUGAGUCUGAGGGAGACGAGGACGAUGACUACGAGGAAUACGACGAUUUAUCGUUAUUACCGGACACCAAGAGUAUCGCCUCGGACGACUCAUUCUACCCACCGGACGAUGCGUUCGCGGACAACGAGCGGACCCCCUCUCCGCAGAGUCCCGAGCCGUUGUCGUUCUUCCAGGCGUGCUGCACCAACAAUGCCACGAUAGUCCGGAUCAUGAUCCGACAAGGUGUGAAGGAGGCGGAGGUGAGGGAGACGGAUAAAAACAACAGGACGGGGCUGAUGGUGGCGUGUUACCAGGGUUACGUUGACGUUGUCAUAGCGUUGGCUCAGUGUUGUCACCUGGAUGUCAACUGGCAGGACACUGAGGGGAAUACCGCCCUCAUCACAGCUGCACAGGCAGGUCACAUAAUGAUCAGUAACUUCCUGUUGAACUACUUCCCUGGUCUGGACAUAGAGAGGAGGAACUGCCAUGGCUUCACUGCUCUGAUGAAGGCUGCUAUGCAGGGCAGGGUGGAGUGUGUACGAGCCCUGAUGCUAGCAGGAGCUGACAUGGAGGCAAGGGACUUUGGUCGUCAGCUGACCUCCAGAGAGUGGGCGUUUUUCACAGGACGCUACGACACCGCCUGGGCCAUGACACGCCUCCAAUCCAGACCCUGUCCUUAUCAACUGUGUGACGCAUACAGUCCAGAGUGGCCCCAGCUGGCGUCUCUAGUAUCUAAGGCCCGGGAGCCUCGAGGCUGUAUGCAGCGUAUAUCAGACGCCGUACGAAACGCUCUGACAUUUGCCAACAUCACAGAGCCUAACGACGAAGGAGUCUUAGAUCACCUAGUCACCGUGACAACAGCACUGGGGAGCCCCUUCGUGGCGAUGGCUUGUUCCACAGUGUGUCCGGCAAGCCCACCCUGCGUGGGUAAACGUCGCUACUCCGUCCCAGAGAUCCUCCGACGCCAACGGGCCAAAGAACUGAAAACCCAGAACCCUGAGAGGCUCGACAACCACAGAAAACUCUCCCAGAACUCAAGGGUCACUCUGGUGCCCAAACCUCCAAAGGACCGGCGGACCACCCUGCUGCCGCCGAACAAAAACCCCACCACGACUAACCCUACCCUCGGUAAGGUGUCUGGGGCCUCUUCCUCCAUGGCCCUGAGAAAGACUAGCCUGCUGCCUCUGGGUAUGGUGAAGUGUAGCAGUGUGCGGCCAGGGAUGUCCAUUCCCAAGGUGAGAAUCUCUAAGGCCCCAACGCCGACCUUUGAACCUGAGAGGGUCCACAGGAAGAGCAGUUUUAAAGACGGAGGGGGCGACUUCCUGCAGCUUCCCAAGUGGAGGUAUAAAGAACUGAAGGAGGAAAGGAAGAGAGCGGAGGAGGCGGAGAGGAGGAGGGUGGAGGCGGCCACGAGGCGGCACCUGGGUUCCAGUAAGAGGAAAUGACAUCAUAGGAGGAAGUGAUGUCACUCCACCCUGUCCUCCACUGUUGCCUAGGUAGCAGUUCAGAGUUUUUUUUUUUGCUUUUUGAGGGAGUAAAAGUGACAGUGCUUUAUUUUCUAAUGCAUUUGAUUCACAAAAUCAGCAGUAUUUUUAUAGUGUGAUUUCUGUAUUACCUGACACUUACCCAGGCUACAAACCCAUAUGAUCUGACUGUGUACGGAUCAUGUUUCACUAAUAUAUCUGACACAUCACACGUUGAAACUUUAUUGCCUAAAAUGAUGAUACUAUACGCUUCGGGAAGGGUUAGAAUGGGACAAAUAUAAAGUGUUAAAAUAUUGCGUAGCCUAUAAAACCAUUGAGUAAGCCUACCAGCAUGUCAAACUGACUUAUCGGCAAAGAUAAACAUAAGAUAAGCAUUAUUUGUAACCAAUGGCAUUUGACUGACUUUUUUAGGUAGGCACUGUGCUUUGAUAUGUUGAAAUGGCAUCUACUUUAUAUUGGCUUUUUGAAAGCUUUUCUAAUUCUGCGAAUGUAUUAUGCAUAUAGAUUGUACCUCAUCAGGUAUUUUUUUAUUAUGAGUAUACUAUAUAUAAACUUUUUUACUUUCUACUAAAGUAGGCAUAUUUUGAGAAUGUGAAUGAAAAAAGAAUAUUACGUAUCAAAUGGGGGAAAACUGAAACUAUAUCCUGAAAUGUUUACAUGUUAUGAAUGAGAUCAAAGUAUUGCCUCACUGACCUCAGAUCAGCAUCUAGGAGCACCUUCAUCAUGGGCUCAUUACAAACACACCUGUGUAUUCUGAUCAGACAGAAGCCAUACUAUUGGUUGAGAAGUUGAACAGAAAAUAAUGGAUGAAAAUAAUAGCUGGGAGGUAGGAUCACAAAUGGCAACUGGAAAGUCUUGAUAUAAUAAAGUAUUAUUAUGGUAGGGAUUGAUAUAGUAUUAUUAUGGUAGGAAUUGAUAUAAUAUUAUUAUGGUAGGGAUUGAAGAGAAGACAAUUUCACAGUGAUAACCCCAAAGACAGGACUGGCUUUAAGUGCCAUAUUUUAGGUGUGUCUAAUAGCCAAUAUGAUACGUUGCUAUGGAGUUACUAGGAAGCAGUGGUUGGCCCCAAAAAUCAUUUCUGUAAACAAAUGGAGCAGGCUAGGCAGCAGGAGUGUAACACUAAAAUGCUUUCCCAGACAUAUCACAAAGACUCCGGGUGAAUUCUGUGUCUGCCCAAGUGUGCCCUGGUUCCCCUCAUAGAUUUAAAAGGAAUGGACGAAAACUCUCUAAACUCUCUGCUUAUACGAGUCCAAUUU